AUGCCCACCUCUAGCUCAAAUCUAGGACAAAAAUUUCUAGUCUGCCCAAAGUCAAAGGAAAGUGGAGAAAAAGGAUGUAGGUUUUUUCAGUGGUUUGAUGCAGAAAUGCGUGAGCGUUCAAAGUCUUUGAUACCUGGUUUGCUGAGGAAGAUUGAUAUGAUGGAGAAGGAAAAUGCAAAGAUUCGAGCAAAGUCAAAAAUAUUGUGGGCAGUUAUGUUGCUUUCCUGGUUUGUGAUGUUUGCCAUGAAGAUGAAUUAUGCACUUUGGCAGUAG